UUCUCCUUUUGUUUUUUUAGGCUGGCCAGCAGCGUUGGUGGGAGCAGGAAAUCACCGUGAAUGGGAACAUCCAGAAGGGAGAACUGAUCACCUACAACCUCACCGAGCUCAUCAAGCCCGAGGCCUACGAAGUCAGGCUGACCCCCAUCACCAGAUUUGGGGAGGGGGACUCCACGAUUCGGGUCAUCAAAUACAGUGCUCCAGUGAAUCCUCACCUACGAGAGUUCCACUGUGGCUUCGAGGAUGGGAAUAUUUGCCUUUUCACCCAAGACGACACGGAUAACUUUGACUGGACUAAACAAAGCACUGCCACGAGGGACACCAAGUACACCCCAAACACGGGGCCCAACGCAGACAGGACGGGCUCCAAGGAAGGUUUCUACAUGUACAUCGAGACGUCCCGGCCCAGGCUGGAGGGGGAGAAGGCCAGACUGGUCAGUCCCGUGUUCAGCGUCGCUCCCAAAAAUCCCUACGGAGCCACCAACACGGCCUAUUGCUUCAGCUUCUACUAUCACAUGUAUGGACAGCACAUAGGAAGCCUGAAUGUUUACCUGAGGCUGAAAGGUCAGACUGCAAUAGAGAACCCCCUGUGGUCUUCGAGUGGGAAUAAGGGCCAGCACUGGAACCAAGCCCGUGUGAACAUCAACCCCCCCACCUCAUUCCAGCUCAUCUUUGAAGGGAUCCGUGGCCCUGGCAUCGAAGGGGACAUUGCCAUUGACGACGUGUCCAUUGUGGAAGGGGAGUGCAUGAAGUCAGACCAACCGGCCAACAAUUUACGAUCAGGUGCUGUUGGGACAUUCUCACAUAUACGACUCCUCCCACUUCUCCUCCUCAUGUCUGUCUUAAGUCAUCAGAGGUGACCUUAUCCUGGCAGAGGCUACAAAAGAUUCACCAGGCACUGGCAUGAAGAAGAAAAGAGUCUUUGUAAAACGGACAUUUUAAAAACAAACUACCAAAGAUUCCUCCACUGAACUGACUCAAGAAAGUUAAAUAAGUACGUAAAUAAAUAAUUAAAAAAUGAACAGAACAAAACAAACAAACAAAAAAAGGUAAUUAAGAAAGCACUGGGGACAUAAAAGGCAUCACGAGCCACGUGUGAGGACGGGAUCUGGCCUAAGGAAAGAAGAGACCUUCAGGUGCUUUUGUGGUCAGUGAUGAAUUCAGCAUCAUCUGGUUGAACUCUCGGCGAAGAGCUAUAGAAACCCUUGUCAAAGCACAAAAAGUCAUGGCUGGUUUUGUUUCAAAUGAAUAGUUUGCUUGUUACCAUGGAAACCUAAUGGCCUGCCAAAAAAAAAACAAAAACAAAAA